UGAUGGCGCUGGAGAACGCUGGUCGUGUGCCGGUGCCGGACGGUGAGGUGCAGCCGCGCGUGCAGCCGCCGCCCCGCUGCCCCGCCUGCAGCCAGGGCGGCGGCGCGGCCCUGAUCCUGCCGUGCUCGCACGCCAUGUGCCGUCGCUGUUUGGCCUCCGGGGAGGCGGCGCGCCGCGACGGGGGCUGCUCUGUGCGCUGCCCGCGCUGCCGCCGCGCCGUGGAGCUGCCGGGCCGGACCCGGUCCGCUGCCGCGUCCUGGCUGCCGCGUUACCCCACAGCGAGCCCAGCGCACGUCAGGAGGAGCGACAGGGAGGGAGCGUCUGAAGACCAGCGGCAAGAUAUCAGACCCUCAGAUACGGACCAGGGCCUUUUUCAUGACUCUGGAGCAGACGGUGCCUCCGCCUCCCCAGCGGGUGGCGCUGUGGACCUGCAGGAGGAGGAGAUGGCGCAGUCCGUGUUUGGAUUACAUUUUGCUCUGGACCCUUCCUGUGUUCCUCCAAACCUCCAUCUUUCCAGCUCCUUCCGUACUGUCACCUAUCAAGAAGAGAGUCCUCCAGUGAACAGGGUCAAAAGGUCACGGGCCGCCUCUGGUCCCAGGGUCCUGCUCCCCUUCCCGCACGUCUGCGCCGAUGUCGUCAUAGCACGGGGUCAAUAUUACUGGGAGGUAGACGUCUGCAACAGCUCUGCGUACAGGAUCGGGGUGGUGUCUUCGGAUCGCUCGUGCGGCUGGUGGCUCCAGAGGCGGCGCUGGUCUUUUCACGCGGUGUACGACGGGAGCGUGGAGCCGCUCUGCACCGUACCCCCCCACAUAAAAAGCGUGGGGGUGUUCCUCAACAUUGGAGGGGGAGCCCUGAGCUUCCACAACCCCCUGACCCAGGAGCACCUGGCCACGCUGCCGACCCGCUUCGGCCUCGCCGGAGUGGUCCCGGCGCUGGGCCUGGGCCAGGGCCGGCUGAGGCUGCGCUGCGGCCUUCCUCCUCCUGCCCACGUCUUCCUCAGCCACAGCUCGGCCUACAGGACCCCCCGUGGAGCCGGUGGAGGACGCUGGUGCAGGGAGGUUCCUUUCCGGUCUGUGAGGAAGGUCAUACAGAAGUUCGAGGAGCUGGCUGUGUCGGACUCAGACGCGGGCCUGGUGUCCGGUGUCAGACCGUCCUGCUCCACCGUGGCUUCCACUGCAGAUCUGGGGAUUCCUGGGAUGUUUUAUUCUGACUCGAGGCAGGAAACCGGGUCCCAGGAGCUUCUGAACCUUUCCCCAACUGGUUUUUGGGUGGUUUGAUGUGUGGCUGUCAUUUGAAGGGGUAAUUGUUUUUAUCUUGAAGGACUUUUGGCUGCCUCUUCCCACUCUCUGCGUGACCCCGAUCCUGCAAAUUAACUUUCUCCCCAGGACGCGGCCCUUUCUCUCAACCAAACAACCCCCACCGGCUCGAGCCACGGCCAGAGAGUGUCCUCUAUAACGUGACGUGUGAGGAAAGGGUGGGCUUUUAGCCGCGGGGCGCCCUGAUUUGUCUUUGUGCGACGGUUGUCAGGCAGUAGGGGUCCUGCAGCUUUAGCACACACGCUCCUGUAUUGUGUGCACGUGAGCGAAAGCGCGAGUGUGUGCAUUUGCCGAAUCACCCAUGCGCGCCGGUGUGUGAGCAGGAGGGAACAAUGUACAGGCAGCAGGGGGUGAAAUGACAAGGCGCGAGUACAGUGACACCAAGGGUGUUGACGCAGAGCGGAGGGGACAGGUGGUAAUAUAUGUUUGUCCUGCCGUCGCUAGCACAGCGACGCUGCCCUUUUCUGACCCUUCCACAAACCCAGGACUCCCGAAGACUUCAAAAGGGGCGACGGAGAGCGGGAGAGUGGAGCGGGAGAAAGGGAAAACAGCAUGUCUGAAUUAAAGACAGCAGGUGAUGAACUGGUAAAAGGGGAGUAAGUGGAUUCCCGACAGCUUCCAUGCCAAGAAGGCCUGAAUAGAGCCGCCGGCCGGGGCCACGCCAUCUGAGAAUGUGCUCUAAAGUAGCAUUGAGCUGCAGAAGCCAACAUUUAACAUGAGAACAGCAGAGAUGGAGAACAGCCAUAAAUUAAAUGAUCAAAGUGGCCCUUUGACUCUGUCUUUUGGUGCUGAUUCUUCACCUCGUUUUGCUCGGUGGUUAAUAACAGGUUUAAUUUAAACUAUUUAUGAGUGGGAAAUGACCUAAGUCUGAGCUUUUUAAUAAUUUCUCCUCCAAACUUCGUGACACCCGUAACUACACACGUGGCUUCUCCACGGUGCGUUUUAUUUGGCGUGUGAUUAAGCAGACUAUUAAAGAAAUCCCCGCCGCCACAUCUUCCCCUUUCCUGUGAUUUUCUGUGACUGUUUGCCUUGUUGGAAGGUGCAAUCUCAGAGCAUUUAGAGCCGUCGGACCACCCAUGCCGUGAAUCUCAUUGUGAGAAAGAGGCACGACACGGAGGAACAGCACCGCUGGCCCCGGGCCAGGUUUCCAUUAGGCGUCCGUCAUUAUACACACAAGUUGGUCGAGCAGCGGGUCAGACUGGGUAAUAACCGAUGAGUCAAGGAGAAGCUUGCGAGACUGUCGCCUUUCGUCGGGGUGACUGUGUGUUGGUGUUUAACGCACGAGGUAUUUACCGCAAGUGUAAAAAAAAUGCGUGCGCCGUGGCCGCUUUUGGCGCAGCUCUCUCUCUCUCUCUCUCUCUCUCUCUCUCUCUCUCUGACGGCUCCUACAAGUCAAGUGUGUGGAAGCAAUUUGAGUCUUGUAAACAGAAACGAUGCAAAUUUCAAAGAGCCGACAGGGGCGAGGGAGAGCGUGUCCCGCGUGCGUGGACCUGGCACUUCCUGACUUCCUGGACGUAAAGUUCGUGACUGUACAUGCGAUUCUUUUCCAUUAAUUGCCCUGUUGAUUUAAUUUAUUCCCUUUGAAACUGUUUUCACGUGACCUCUAUAGCCAAGUGUCUGCGCCUCUUAAUGCGUUAAUGUUUUCAUGUCUUAAGAACAUUAAAGCCCUUUGAAGUCAAAACUGCUCCACAAAUAAACCUGCCUUCAUCUUUAACUACAUUUCAAAGGGAAACGCACGUUCUACUUUCCUAAUCGCUUUGCAUACAAACAAUAACACGAACAGUUGAAGGCUGGCUGAAUUAACCCAAUCUAAUGAGAAUAGUCCUUUUUACUUGAUGUUCUGGUUUCGUUUAGUCGAAGGAGCAGUCUCCCAGUAAAAGCAACUAAGUCAGCAAUUACAUAACACCACGAUGCUGAUGACAUCGCCCCACGAUGUCAGAUUCAAACAAACAGCCCCACACCUCCCACAACAGCCGCCCGAUGUAUAUUUGGACGUCGCCUUUGCUCGCUAAUUGCCUCCCAUAAUUAUGGUCGCAAGCUCUCACCACGGCUCCCGGCUUCGGAAACCGCCAAGGUGUGAAUAAAGCAGCGCCGCUUUCCUCCCUGAAGUUUCGACUUUGUUUGCAAAUUGAUUCCGUUUGUAUGAAUAAACAUCAGCUCUGCGAGACCUUCGCCCCGUUUGCAUACUGAGGGGAAGGGGCCUUUCUGCCUCUUUCCGUUGCCCGCAGCAACACAAAAUUAGCGUUACAACUGCGCGCCUCGCCUCUUAUUACCAUCAUUAUCAGCAUCAGCAUAACACUGGCCGUAAACGCAUCAUGUGUUUAUUGCUUUGUUGCGCCGUCAUUUGCCGUUUAGGGCCAACAGUAUAUGCGGCAGCUUUUACGGCCAGCAGCAUCCUGCGUUUGAUGCUGCUGCAUAAAGGCCGAGGCUCCGACGGCGCAGUGCGCGUUUCUCCAUUGAUCAGGACGUCUCUACGGCUGGAGAUUUUCCUACACGUAUAAUUAAGUACUUAUCCUAAAUCAAGAGUGCACAUGACGGGAAAGCAGGCGCAAAAGGAAAACCAACACUUAUGACUAUCUAAACAUGAGUCAGACAUAAUUCUUUCCCAGGCAUUUUCAACAAAUGAACUAGGGAGAAAUGGGAACUCGCUUAUAGUUUAAACAGAUUUCGCUCUGUGAGCCACAUGGGACCCGUUUAAAGGCUGCUCUAACCUGCCAGGAUUUAUUUACAGCCGUUUGCCAUCACCUGCAUACGCGUCUGCACCACUUGGAUUGUCGUCGUGAUUGUGUAUCAGUAUGAAAGCAAAAGCUGAAACAUGUCACGCUUGUUAGUGCAGCCAGCUUCCUUGUGAUGAGGAACAGGUGGUGCGUGUGUGGCUCAACGGGAAGGACAGAGGCACAUCUGCCAGGCCCUCAUAGCUCACUGGACACACACACACACACACACACACACACACACACACACACACACACACACACACACACACACACAGGAUGCGGUCCCCUGUGAGUGAGCACCGUGCAGUCAGACAGUCAGACAGACACAUCUGGGGGUGGGGUGGAGUGGGUGAUACCGUCAAACAGCCCUCAUUUAUGACCCGCGAGCCGGGACGUCUGACGAACAUGAGCAAAUACACAGAGCGGUGAUGGAGAGAGUGAAGUAUCCACAUGUGUAUCCAUCCAGCUGCACCAUAGAUGCCAUUAUGGAUGAUUUACAGCCGACACCCCCCUGCGACACGCACACGCACCCACGCACUGUGGGGACACGCCUGGACGCGAAUGUCGAUAAUGCCCUUUUAAUUACGCCGCGCUGGGUUUGUGAAUUCUGUUGCUGCGUGUUUCUCUCGAGCCAGAGCUGUUUCCGAUCAGCUCGUUGCGCUCCCAUCUGGGACAUUCCUGGGCCGAGGAGCGAAAUAAUAAAAAAGGAGGAACGUCGCGUCUGUUUCUAAUUAAGUCCUGAUCACGUCCAUAACGCACAGUCAUGGUUAAUCGAUUUUAUUGGGAUGUAAUGUUUCGUGACACGUCAGGGGUGACUUCAGGUUUUAUUCCCACUCUUCUUUUUCUCUCCCCUCACUUAAAUCAAACCGAGCGAGGUUUAUGGAGAACCAUCCCCAGACAAAUGCAUUGAUUAUCUAAAGCACAUUCAUCUUUAAUUAGAGCAUUUUAUCAAUGGAAUGGCUAAAAUGUCUUUGGCCAUAAUGUAGCUCAAAUUAAACAUGAAACCCAUUUUCUACCUUUGAUCUAUUGGGGAAUAGACAAUGUGUGAUUUGCCAGUCAGCAAAAAUAUUACACAACUAAUUUACACAUGGAAGAGUUGCGCAUUGCGAGUGAGUGCGCACGAAAACGCGUAUUUAUCAGUGGAGAUAGAUGAUAAGUCAGUAUUUAUAAGUAGCAUUUUUAGAGUAGGCAGAACACGGUGGAGUCCGUCUCUGAAGCCAGAGACCUCCAAUACAUCUCUCAAUACACACUCGAGUUGCGUUUCCAGUCUAGCUAAUGAAUUACCGUGCGCAGGGCAGAAGAAUAGCGUCGCUUAUCACCCGAUGAUGAAGUGCAAACAGGCCAUCAUCGACUCCCGGCGCUGCGGCAGAGACGGACGCGUCAAGCCCCACACCCCGGUGGAAGUGGCUCCCACAGGCCCCAUAAUGUGACACAUGCAUUAAAAUAACACCUUGCGCUGGCACCUUGGUCUGCGCCUCUGGCACAAUAGCGACGCUCCAGUGUAAAGACUCAGUUUGUAGUGAUUAGUAGCGCCGAUUGUGAGAACUAAGUGGUGGUAAUUUGAGUUUAAUGGGAGGACAGGAAAUGCGCAGCUUGUUGCUCUUAUUGUGUUUUAAAAUUCUCCAUUCAUACAGCAAGCUGGGUAAAUUAUUUUAAUAAUUACUCUAUUAUGUUCAGAAUCUUAAAUUGUUCACCCGUUCUUAUAAACACGUCAGGCUCAAUAAUGUGCCUGACCUUUCCUGGAUGAGAAAUAAAUCAGCCCUGAGCACCACUACAGUAAUGUAAACUGGAGCUGCACAGCGUUUGUUCUGGCCCCCGAGGGAGCAGUGCGAGGACCUGGACCGCUUUGUUUGAUGGGAACCUUCCCCAACAUCCAAAUAGGCCCGAAUAAAAGUGAGCCCUUUGGCACCUGCAUCCACCAAAGAGCGGCUACUAAUUGGAAUCUGACCUAUCAGCUAAAUUUAAACAUGUGAGUUUUGUGGCCCCUUCACUUGAAAAGAUGAUGAAACGUCGGUUCAAACUUCAUAGGUCACAGAACCUGUAUUUAUUUAAUGCAUGAGUUCUAAGCUAGUCGCAGAAUUUUCUUUGUAGUUUGAAGAAAGAACUAAAGAAAACUGCUUAUAUAGAUUUGCAGCGGUUUGUUUUUCCAGGUCCUGCAACAUAACUAUGAUUUAGAUUAUUCAAUUACAUGUAUAAUUUAAUUUGAAGCCACGGGAGCAUUUGGACGUCAGCUUUGUAUAAACUCGUUUCAGCAGCUGCGGCAGAACGUUUUAUUUGAAGUCAAGUGGAAACAGACUCAAUCAAAGCAAAUAUAUGUGUCAGUGACUCAACUGAAAAAUGUAAAGAUUUAUAAAAACAAAGUCGAAGUGACAGCACAGGUUCAUUGGUUCAGUUGUCUACAGGAACGCGUGCUUCUCCAUUAAACGACCUUAAGGUGAUUUACAGUGUAAUAUUAAAUCCAGGUAGGUUUCGCAACAAGCCAAAGGCAACAACCUGAGGUCUGAGGGAGGACGGAGGUCUGCGCGCGGCCGUGGCAAAUUGGAGUGAGUUGCCUUGAGGUAUUCCAGCUAUUUUCAUUUGUUUCUGUUAAGUCACUUAGGUCUCCGGUCCAACACACUUGAAAAAAUAGCCGGUGCAGCCAGCCACAGCGGCAGACGCUCACGCAUUCCUUACUGUACAUGAGGUGCAGCUUCCCACCUUCUGCCGUCGCUCUGGAGGCGACGCGCUGACGGUUUCAUCUAUGUGGGUGAUAUGUGUCACGCGCUUGAUCAAUAUUAGGUGAAAACACUGUCCGUCGCUGCCUCGCUCCCCUUUGAUCAGCACAUCUCUGGUGGGAAUCCUGAUUUCUGCUGUAAUAUUAUUGUCAUACUUAACUACUUUCUAUUCGGUCCAAUCAAUCAGGCAGAAA